AUGAGUGAGACACCAGUGUGCCUUCUUGCCUUGGAUGGCGGUGGCAUUCGGGGCCUUUCUGAGCUCUUGAUACUCGAGGAGAUCAUGGAUAGGAUCAAAUAUGAUCUAGGCAUGGCGGACGAUCCAUUACCUGCCGACUUCUUCGACCUUAUAGGUGGGACAUCGACUGGAGGCUGGAUUGCCCUCCUCCUGGGACGUGUGCGCUUAUCAGUGCCCGAAGCCCGAAAGGCAUAUAUCAGGAUCGCCAAGGAAGUCUUCUCGAUGGAUCGAUAUGCGAGGAAGAGCAAGUUUGAUGGGAAAAAGCUUGAAGAACGAGUCAAGCGGGUCCUUCAACGUAACCUUGGGGAAAGUCAUAGCGAAGAAAGGCUACUCGAUCGUUCGAGUCCGUCCUGCAAGACGUUCGUCUGCGCUGUCCCAAAGCAAGACACCCAGGCCCGGGGCAAGUCGCGCAACGUCUGCAACACCGGAGCGGGCCUCGCUCGUGGUGUGAGGCUCUCCAACCCCGAGGUGACCAACCCUGUGGGCUUGAUCAAUGCGCUUAAAGAUAUCGCAAACGAAGCGGAUGCGACGGCAGAAAGAGUGCAGCAACAGUUGCGGCAUCUAGAGGCAGGGACAUAUUUCCGUUUCAACGUCGAUCACGGUCUUGAUGAGAUCGCGCUGGAAGAGUGGGAGCACCUCAGUGAGGUCCGCACAUAUACGAAAGAGUAUCUGGAUCAAGAUGAGAUAUCAUCAAACAUUGACAAGAUCGUUCUAGCUCUAUUAACUUCCAAGGCGGACCUAAGCCAGGGUUCCUCACGUGCUUACGUCCAAGUAUCGGUCCCUCGGUCAUCGUUAUCAACGGCAAGGCGCUUUACACGUAAAACCCAAAGGCAGCGCUGGCGGGCUCCCGAACUCCGACCUGAAUUUAAUGUUACGGUGGAGGACUUUGCCGUUACCGGCGGGUCUUUUCAAGAGAACCCCGAAGUCUUUGAGGACGAUUAUUCCGAAUAUUAUCAGCUUGAUUCAGCCCCACCGCCUUCCAGCGGAAGAUACAGCCAACAGUGGAUCGGUCCGUUCCAGAACCCAUCCCUAGGAGAUGGGCCCGCCGACUUUGUCGGACGUGAUGCCAUCCUCGCCCAAGCCCUGGAGCUGGUCCGAGCAACGACGGCCAAUGGAAUAUGCAUACGAACUGCUAUCGAGGGUCACGGAGGGAACGGCAAGACCCGGAUCGCCCUUGAAGUCGCCUCCCGCAUCUACCAACAAGAUCCUAAUUUCAGCGUCUUCUGGGUAUCCGCCGUCGAUGCGGCGACUUUCGAGAACGGAUACUGCGAGAUCGGCCAUGCUUUAAACGUACCAAACGUCGGGGAUGACAGGGCAGACUUCAAGUCGCUUGUCAAGACCGCGUUAAGCCAAUGCGCCUCAGAUUGGCUUCUAGUCAUAGACAACGCUGAUGACAUGGACUUGUUUUACGGCAAGCGCACGUCUUUUCACAAGUAUCUCCCCUUCACCCGCGAGAGUGCUGGCUACAAGGGUUCUAUCCUAUUCACCACCAGGAGCCAUAAAGUUGCCGUCCAAUUGGCUACGGGGCGAGGAUUCAUCGUUGACGUCCAAAGAAUGACCAGGGGCGAAGCGCAUUCGCUAUUAGAGCGUUGUAUAGGUCCAACCCAGCCCGCAGACGCCGAAAACGUGUCGCAACUAUUGGACUACCUGAAAGAUCAACCACUCGCUAUCAAGCAAGCUACGGCCUACAUCCAGCGACACAGGGUAACCAUAGCGGAGUACUUGGGACUAUGCGACUCGAGGGAUUCACGUAACAAAAGUUCCCAGAAACCUGUAGACAAAGGCCCUGAAGCUCAAGGUAGCCACCGGGAUGCUGGAGCUCGAAGCGACCACAGGGAUGCUGGAGGUCAGAAAGACCACCAAGAUACUGGAAAACCAGUUACGGCAUCUCUCCGUGUUUCCUUGGAACAGAUCGCCCGCUCCGAGCCGCUAGCGACGGAAUACAUCAAGUUCAUGUCUUUCUUAAUCGAAAAGGACAUUUCAUUCGACAUUCUACCGGCACCUCAGCACAAUCGCCGACGGUUGAUUGCAGCAAUUGAUGUGUUGAAGCGGUACGGCCUUAUUAGCGAGAACCGCAAAGAGCUGUACCAGAUGCACCGGCUCGUCCGAGUAGAGUCAGUUCUUGUGGGGAAGCUUGCGGCAAGCAGCCGCCUCCUCGGGAAGCAUGACGAGGCUGAAGAUCUAUACCGGUUGAACCUACGGCUGCAGAAAGAAAUGCUUGGACCCAACGCCCACGAAACCCUUGCUACUAUGAGGAAUCUUGCAGAUUCUCUAAGGCAGCAAAAGAAGUAUAAGGAAGCCGAAGAUCUCUACCAGCAGACCCUCGACCUAUCCACAUAUACACAUGGAUCCAAAACGCCUGAAACCCUUGCUACUAUGAAUCAUCUCGCAAAUACCCAAUCCUCCCAAGGGAAGUAUAAGGCGGCUGAAGAUACCUACUUGCAGGCCGUAGAGCUCGCGGAAGAUCUACAUGGACCUGAAGCCUCCGGAACCCUUACUAUCAUGAACAAUCUCGCAGACUGCUUACAAAGUCAGGGGAUGGUGAAGGAGGCCGAGGAACUGUCCCGGUACACCCUACAGCUCAGAAGAAAAGCGGCUGGACUUGAAGCCGCUGACACCAUUAUGAAUAUUCAUAACCUCGCAGAUUCCCUAUUCGCGCAGGAAAAGUAUAGGGAAGCUGAAGAUCUCUACGAUUCGGCCCUACAGCUAUGGAGAAAAGCGCGUGGACCAGAAGCCCCCGAAACCAUCACUGCUAUGAAUAAUCUCGGGCAUUCCCUCUACAAACAGAAGCAGUAUAAGGCGGCCGAAGAGCGAUGGCAGGAAACCCUACAGCUGCAAAAAGAGUCUUUGGACCUGAAGCCCAUAAAACAGCCCAGACUAUGA